AUGAUACGAGCUGCGCAAGAGUUGUACAAAGACGCCGUGCAGGGAGAGGUUCUGCGUAUACUCGAUCCGGACGACGAGCUACUGCUGGAGACGGUGCACCUCUUCGAGAAGGUGCGGACGUCAUCGCAGAACAGGACACUGCUUGCUUGCUUCUUCGAACUAAGGCCAUGCAAUGUGAGAGCCGUGUUGGGUCAGGAGCGGGAAAAGUCUUUUGCGGUGAGCGAGAGCUCCGGAUGCCUAGACGCGGCCCAGAAGAUUGGCCUGCAGCGGACCCACUUCGACAUGAACAAGUUCGGCAAGCCGAACGAGGAGGAGUAUCAGACUGUGCGCAAUGUUAUCGAAGAGAUGGUUGAGGCAGCUCCGAGGCAGCUUUUGGCCCGACUUCAAUAUAGCGGCGAACACAGGGUUGCGUUCAGUCUCAAGGGUGUCCCCUUGGCGAACCGGUUUGUCGGACGUGAUGCUGAGAUGCAGCGACUCGAGAACUACUUCCAUCCUAAGACAUCCAGCCCUACCCGCCGCAAAGUGUUUGUCGUACAUGGCCUCGGUGGGAUAGGCAAGACACAACUAGCUGUCGAGUUUGCUCGAAAGCACCACAGCAGAUACAGCGCAGUGUUCUGGCUGGAUGGAUCUUCGAAAGACCGGCUGAAGCAGUCGUUCGUGGACAUCGCGUACAGGCUACCGCGGGAUCAAGUAACGGCAGACGCUGCAGAAGCCUUGAAACACUCGAACAUCGAUUUCGACGUAGUGGUAGGAGGUGUUCUCCGAUGGCUAUCUUUACCUUCUAACCAGCACUGGCUCUUGAUCAUCGACAACGUCGAUCGCGAUCACCUUAACAAGGAGAAAGACCCGCAGACAUACGACGUGAAGGAGUCCUUUCCUCCAGCAGAUCACGGAUCGAUCCUGAUUACGAGUCGCUUAGCAGGCCUUGAACGCCAUGGAGAUGGCUUAAAGGUCGACAAAGUCGAUGAUGAGCAGGCAAAGGUUAUACUAGAGAACAAUGCUCGCAAGUCGAUCAAAGAUGUGGACUUGAUCAUCAAGCGGCUCAACGGACUUCCUCUUGCACUCACUCAGGCCGGCUCGUAUCUGCGACACAACAUCAUGUCUGCAUCGGACUACGCAAAGCACUACGACAGCACCUGGGAAGAUUUGAUGAAGGAGCAAGACAGGUUUCCACUGCAGGAGUAUGCCGAUCGCAGCGUCUUGACGACAUGGACAAUCUCAUAUGAGCAAGUGCAGAGUCAAAGCGAAGAGGCUGCAAAUCUGCUCAAGCUAUGGGGCUUUCUUGACUGCGGAGACCUGUGGUACGAGUUGACGCCAGGGUGGCUGCUACAACUUGCUGGGAGCGAUCUCAAGUUCUUAGGCGCUUUGCAGCUUCUGUCGCACUACUCGCUUGUUAAUGCAAGAGAGGAAACAUCAAGCCACGCAAUGCACUCUGUGCUUCAUAAAUGGUGCUGUCAACUCUCACAAGGCAGUGAAAGAAAGAUGCUGUCAUGGCUUGCUGCGGGCCUUGUGGCGCGGACGGUACCAGAAGAAUCCGAGCCUGAGUACUGGAAGCUGCGCAGACGUAUAUUGCCGCACGGCAACCGAGUGUACCGAGCUGUGGAUGACGAACGCUUGGAACAGUCACAUGGAGCCAGUGACUUGGCGCUACCGCCGUGGAUCUUCUAUAGCCUAGGUCUGUUGUUCGCUCAUCAAGAUAAGUUGAACGAGGCAGAGAAGAUGUACCAGCGGGCGCUAGCAGGAUAUGAGAAGGCACUUAGUGUAGAGCAUACAUCAACACUCGACACAGUCAAUAACUUAGGCCUUCUCUACGCGGAUCAGGGCAAGCUAGGCGAGGCAGAGGAGAUGUACCAGCGGGCACUAAAAGGAAAAGAAAAGACACUCGGACUAGAGCAUGCAUCAACACUCAACACAGUCAACAACUUAGGCAACCUCUACGCGGAUCAGGGCAAGCUGGGUGAGGCAGAGGAGAUGUACCAGCGGGCGCUAGUAGGAUAUAAGAAGGCACUUAGUGUAGAGCAUACAUCAACACUCAACACGGUCAAUAACUUAGGCCUUCUCUACGCGGAUCAGGGCAAGCUGGGCGAGGCAGAGGAGAUGUACCAGUGGGCGCUAGCAGGAUAUAAGAAGGCACUCGGACCAGAGCAUACAUCAACACUUAGCACCAUCAACAACUUAGGCAACCUUUACGCGGAUCAGGGCAAGCUGAGCGAGGCAGAGGAGAUGUACCAGCAGGCACUAAAAGGAAAAGAGAAGGCACUCGGACUAGAGCAUUCAUCAACACUCAACACAGUCAACAAUUUAGGUAACCUCUACGCGGAUCAGGGCAAGCUAGGUGAGGCAGAGAAGAUGUACCAGCAGGUGCUAGCAGGAUAUGAGAAGGCACUCGGACCAGAGCAUACAUCAACACUCGAUAUAGUUAAUAACUUAGGCCUUCUCUACGUGGAUCAGGGCAAGCUAGGCGAGGCAGAGGAGAUGUACCAGCAGGCGCUAGCACUCGGACUAGAGCAUACAUCAACACUCGAUAUAGUUAACAACUUAGGCAACCUCUAUAGGGGCCAGGGCAAGCUAGGCGAGGCAGAGGAAAUGUACCAGCGGGCGCUAGCAGGAUAUGAGAAGGCACUCGGACCAGAGCAUACAUCAACACUUAGCACCGUCAACAACUUAGGCAACCUCUACGUGGAUCAGGGCAAGCUAGGUGAGGCAGAGGAGAUGUACCAGCGGGCACUAGAAGGAAAAGAGAAGGCACUCGGACCAGAGCAUACAUCAACACUCAACACAGUCAUUAACUUAGGCCUUCGCUACGUGGAUCAGGGCUAUUAG